UGAGCGGUUGGAUUAAUGCGAGUAAAAACAAAGAGCUUCGAGAAGAAAACCAAGUGCCUCGGAUUCUGAUUGUCGCUAGAACAAAUUAGGACAGAAGUUCUUUUGUGGAUUAAUUGUCAAGAUGAUCGUCAGAUUUUUGGGAAUUGUGACAGUGUUCACGUCCCUCACGCCCUCCCUUCUGGAAGCCCGCCCAGAACCACCCGUAGGCGGUGGCGGCCCAUAUCCACCGUCUCGGCCGGAACCGCCAAGCAGUGGCUACAGUUACGGCCCACCACCGCUGCCGCCAUCCAUUUCCGUCAACAGUUACGGUUCAGCCACCUCGGAGUACGGCCCACCAUCGCAGGCCCCCAUCAUCCACAAGCACGUUUACGUGCACGUUCCUCCACCGGAGCAAGAAGUUCCAACCACCCGGAAACCCAUCUCCGUCCCACCCCCACAGAAACACUAUAAAAUAGUUUUCAUCAAGGCACCAUCGCCACCCUCUCAAGCGCCACCUGUGAUCCCACUCUUCCCACAAAACGAGGAGAAGACCCUCGUUUACGUACUGGUCAAAAAGCAAGAGGAGCAACCGGAUAUUGUCAUUCCAACUGCCGCUCCGACGCCCCCAUCCAAGCCGGAAGUGUACUUCAUUCGCUACAAAACGCAGAAACAGGAUGGGAACGCCGGAGGUCCAUAUCCGGAGAGCGGCGCUCCCAGCGGCGGCGGCAUCGGACCCAUUCCGUCUAUCGGCGGAGACUACGGAGCGCCGUCGAGUCCUCCCAGCAACAGCUAUGGCGUUCCGCUAUAGGUCGGUUCUGUCCGAGUAUAUCUACCACAAGUUUCUCAAGCUGUUUAGCUUGACGGCUGCAACAGCAGCCACU